AUGAGCGAGGAUUUCAGAGGCGCAUCAUCGCUUGGGCCGUCCGUCCGUCGAACACCGCGCACUCAUUUUUUUUGAGCGCACGAACACUUGGGACGAUCCCGGAUCUUAUAGGAAGCACACUCGUAAAAUAUUAUUUUUCUGUUUGGAGGGUUUGGACUCGGGGGAGAAGGUGCAUAACUGAGCUGAACGUGAAGCGCACGUUUGUCCUCCGCGAUCUGCUGAAAGCUUUGAUGCGCGCGCUGAUCACAGAUCAGAUUACAAGGGUCUGUGUGAUCGCAGGCACGCUGUCUUUGAUGUGAACACGGAGCUCGUGUUUGCGUCGCACACACACACACACACACACACACACACACACACACACACAACCUGCUGGGGAAGAAAGAAGCCGCCGAGAAAUGAGCGGAUGAAGAUACUGAAAACUCCUGGAUUACACUACUGAUUCAAGACCUGAACUAUCAGAGACUGUUACUUGUGUGUACAUGAGAACUUCAGCAUGACUCUGGCAUCAGGACUCAGGCGCUUUCCUCUUCUGAAGAUACUUUUCCUGCACUUAUUACUAGUUGCUAUAAUGGCAGAGGAAAGAAGAGCAUGCAGGGAGCAGGAAUACAAGGAUCAGUUCGGGAACUGCUUUGCCUGCAGGCAGUGUGACGCCGGACAAGAACUAUCAAAGGAAUGUGGCUUUGGCUAUGGAGAGGAUGCCCAUUGUGUGCCCUGUAAGGCUAGCCGCUUCAAAGAGGACCAAAGUUCGCAGAAGUGUAAACCCUGCCUUGACUGUGCUGAUCUAAAACGCUUCCAGAAAGCCAACUGCUCCAGCACCAGCAAUGCUGUAUGUGGUGAAUGCCUGCCUGGGUUUUACAGGAAAACAAAGCUAAGUGGAUUUCAAGACAUGGAGUGUAUCCCAUGUGGAGAUCCACCACCGCCUUAUGAGACACAUUGUGGUGGGCGUGUGAAUCUGGUGCCCAUCCCCUCCACAGUGACCAGCCCCAGAGACAUGGCACUAGCUGCAGUCAUCUGCAGUGCUCUGGCCACUGUCCUGUUUGCUCUUUUCAUCCUUUGUGUCAUCUACUGCAAGAGGCAGCUCCUGGAGAAAAAGCCUGCAUCACUCAGAUCUCAGGAUGGUUCCUUUAUUGGAGCUGAGCUAUCCUAUUUGGAUCAGCAACAAGUUCUGGACUUUUCCCAGCAGCCCUGCUGCUACUGUCAGCACAUCCCUGAGCAAACAUGUGCAGGCCAUGUGCACCUGCUUAACUCAUUGUGCCGUGAGGACAGAUGCAGCCAGAGACUGGGCCAAGACAACAGUCCCUUUCAGUCACAAAGCAGUCUGAAUGAUAGACUUGUACGGCAGUCAGCGUGGAACAGCCAGUGUGAUUUGGAACAAGCUACCGAACCUCUUCCUGUGGAAUUUUCUGAGGAAUUACCACUCAUGGAGAACAAUGAAUACAGGACUCACCUCAGGCCACAGCCCACAAACAGCAGCAACUCUUUCUCUGAGGAAGAUGAGGAGGAAAAUGUGAGCGGGAAACAGCAGCAUGAGUCAUCUUUGGUCUGCCCUAAGCUCUCUUCAGAGAUUUUACAGGAUGCCAGCAGUUUGGCAGAACAUCUGUCUAUAGUUGAAGGAUGACCUGGCUUUAUCUAGCUCACAUUAAUCCCUAAGAACUAUUCUGGAUGUAAAAAGGAGGCACUGAGGAAGAUGCCAGCUCAGAUUAUACGAGGCCACACACACGUACACAUCCUGAAAUCCAGGUGAUGUGCUCUAUCUUUCCAGCAGCCUGUGGCCCAUGGCUAUCCAGUCUGAAUCAGACCAGACGCUGUACAUAAACAUGACCCAGAAAAAACCCCAAACAGACUGAAGAAAUAGACUGAGGAACCCAGACAACAAAAAAAAGCUUUGUGCAAUGCCACACUGCAUUCCAAGUGACCUGUUAAGAUUUUAUUUCCUUUGCACACAAGACUUUGACUCUGAAAUGAAGAGAAGUAUAGAGAAAACAACUUUGUGAUUGAAAAUAUUUUGAAUGUGCAUUACCUAAAAAUCUGAACAUGUACGUUUGUACCAUUUCAUUGUUUUUCUUUUUCCCCCCUUUGUAGAUAUUUUGUUUUAUAGAAUAAUAUUUUUUAAUGUAGAUAGUCAGUAGUCAGCCACAAUUUCAUAGUCAUGGUUGAGCACUUUUCGUUGAACAUGAAUUUUAUUUCUCUUUGUAUUUGUAAAUAAAUAAACAAAUGUCACUGAA